GAUUGGGGAAUUCAGUCUGGCGCUGAUCUUCGCCAAACCGAUACGAUCCGAUCUUCACGUGCUAACCAAGAUCGUUCCUGUUUCGAUUUUACACUAUAUUUUUUGAAUAUCGGGAUUGUGUGUGUUUUGAAAAUAUAAAGUAUAUAUAUUUUUUUGAUAUUUUUAUUUAGUGUGAAGUGUGAAGAUUUCUUAAGAUGAAUAUAAGUAAACUGCAAAAUUAUGGAAAAUUUUAAAAUGAAAACUCAUAAAGAUAUGUGAAAAUGUUUGAAUACAUUAAUUAACAACUCAAUGACCGAAAAUAAAAGAAAAACAAACAAAAAGCAUCUGUAAUUGAUGGAUUUGCUGGCAGGACCAAAAUUUAAUUAGCAGCAAAAACAGUCGGCGGACCAAAAAGAAAAAAACAAAACAAAAAUCAACGGAACAUUAACUCGAUUUUACCAGAGUAUCUGAUGGUCUGAUGGUGUAAAAAUAAAAACAAAAAAAAAAUGAUUAAAAAAUUGGAAAACAAGCAGAGAAUAAAGCGAAUGAGUGUAGGAAAAUGUUUGCCAAAAGCCGUCGUCAGAUGUUUAAACAUAAAGCAAACAGGCUGACACACGCACACUAAUUAAGUGCCCAUCGUGCCUUAUGCCGUGUUCACCUGUGCGUAUACGUAAUUAAUGCCAUUAUAAUCUCUUACGCAUAAUAAAGUAAACACCGAGUGGGUUCGGUAAAACGAGGUGGGCGUGACAGUGGGCGUUCCAGGCUACUGACAAAAGUGCAAUUGGAAACGGAAUUUGAAAUCGGAGUCAGAGUCGAGCAGAGAAAAAAUCGGAAAAUCGGUUGAAAACGCAACCGAUACGGGUUGCCAAACUCAAGUGGCCAGGAUAGGCGGCGAAAGGAAGGCAGCAGCGGCAACGGCAGUUUGCUGACAGAGGCGUGGCGUGGCACUCAUGACAAUGUCCACGACGUCGACGUUGACAGCGACUGCGACGGCAACUGCGACUGAGACGUUGGGCAACGCGACUGUUGGCGAAAUGUUUUCGGAUGCGGAUAUGGCGGAAGUGCGGCAUGUUGUCCAACGCAUUUUGGUGCCGUGCGUUUUUGUUAUUGGACUAUUGGGAAAUUCAGUGAGCAUUUAUGUUUUGACGCGAAAGCGAAUGAGAUGCACCACAAACAUUUAUCUAACGGCUUUGGCCAUCACGGAUAUUGCCUACCUGACCUGUCAAUUAAUCUUAUCACUCCAGCACUACGAUUAUACCAAAUUUCAUGUUGAAAUUUACUGGCAGCUCUAUGGCUAUUUCGUUUGGCUGUGCGAUAGUUUUGGUUACAUCUCGAUUUACAUAGCCGUGUGCUUUACCAUCGAGCGAUUCAUAGCGAUACGCUAUCCCCUCAAGAGACAAACAUUCUGCACGGAAUCGCUGGCCAAGAAGGUGAUAGCAGCCGUUGCUUUCUUUUGUUUGCUGUCCACACUCUCAACGGCAUUCGAGCACACAAUUACGGUCGGUUCGAAGCUGAUUGAUGACGCCUACCAGCCUUGCAACCAAACGCUGGCCAACUACUCACCUAUGCCAACGUCAUCCGUGGCGGCCACGCCCCCUUUGGCAACGCCUCCGCUGCCAACGCCGGCAACCAUUUGGCAAUCGACGGAGUUAAACACGGAGUCGACGACAACCGCUGGCAAAUCAAAUGUGCUCAUCGACUGGGGCAGUGGCAGCGGUGAUGGAGAAGCAGAGAACAUUCCACGACAUCGCCGUCAGUGGCAGUCAAGGGGAUUUGUGACUCUUCCCACCUUGAGAAAAACGCUGGAGGAACAGGAGACAGAUCAGCAGCAAGACGAAGAGCAGGGUUCAAGUGCCACUGAGAGUCUGUUGCAAUUGUUGUUGCGCAGCAAGCGCAGUGCUGAAAACAACAACAAUAACAACAACAACAACAUCAACAAUACAGAUGCAUUUGCAUUUAAUGUAACGGAAUACUGUCAAAAUGUUACCAUUUACAAUCAUGGCCUCUCAGAACUGGGCCAAGAUGAGCUCUACAGCAAUCUGUGGAAUAUGUUUACACUGCUGGUCUUUGUAGUAUUACCUUUACUCCUUCUGGCCACCUUUAACUCAUUUCUCAUACUACUAGUACAUCGAUCAAAGAAUCUGCGUGGUGAUUUAACCAAUGCCAGCAGCAUUAGACGGACAAAACGCAAAUCGAAUACUGGAAUCAAAGGCAGCGUAUCGCAGGAAAAUCGUGUUACCAUAACAUUGAUAGCCGUCGUUCUGAUGUUCAUCGUUUGUCAAUUGCCAUGGGCUAUCUAUUUGGUAGUCAAUCAGUAUAUGGACAUACAGGUUGGCACUCAGGUGGUGGCUGGAAAUGUUUGCAAUCUUUUGGCCUCUUUGCAUGCUGCUUCCAAUUUUUUCUUAUACUGUGUACUGUCCGAUAAAUAUCGUAAGACAGUACGUGAAUUGAUAACCGGUUAUCGCUAUAGACGUCGACAUGCCCGGAAUAAUACAAGUCUAUAUGUACCACACACGACAACAACAUUGACCCAAAUCAAUGGUGAUCAUUAUGGUAGUAAUUAUGGUGGUGCCGGUAGUCGUCGAAAUCGUAAUAUAAAUCGCCUGAUAGCGUGAUUAGGCCAUGGAUAUCUAUGUAUUUAUAAAGAAAACUAAAAACUAAAACUGGAACUGGUUGAACUCCAUGAGAGGGAAAAAAUGAACUCAAGAAAAACCAGAAAGAUGGCUUCAAAAUUUGCCAGCCAAUCACAAGUGACUCAUUUAAAUCAAAAGUGAUUAUAAUUAAGCGUGUGAUUAGCAGAAAAUUUCAUUUGUUAUAUCAAACGAUAUCUACGUAUAUCUCACUCUCUCUAUAUAUAUAUUAUAUAUAUAGAUAUAUAGAUAUAGAUAUAUAUAUAUAUAUAUUACAUAACGUACAUUGUGCCAUAAUGUGAUGAUUAUAGAUUUAUGCUAGUUAACCUAAACGUAAUUGUUGUCCUAAGUACUAAAUGCAUCAAAUCAAAUACACUCAAAAUACACACACACACACACACACAGACAUACAAAUAAACAAUGGCUAUUUGCCCGUCCCAUGGGGCGUAUGAAUAA